CAAAGCUUAGGAGCCGUUUGGUUGGCUAUAAUUUACACGUUCAAAAACAAACACAACAAAGUCUUCCAGGCAAAAAAAACAAAGAGAUUGAGAAAAACGCUAUGAAGGGCAACAACCAAGAAACCCCUAAACCCCCAUCCAAGCAACCACGACAUAAUCAUUCAAUUGAUCUAUAUGCUGCACAAUGUGGCAAAUGCUUUAAAUGGAGGUUGAUUGAUACACAAGAAGAGUUUGAAGAAAUCAGAAGUAAACUGAUUGAUGAACCAUUUUAUUGCGACAGAAAACCUGAUGUGUCUUGUGAGAAUCCUGCUGAUAUUGAGUAUGAUGCCACUCGGACCUGGGUCAUUGACAAGCCCAACACCCCAAAGACUCCAGAAGGUUUUAAGAGAACCUUGGUGCUGAGGAAAGAUUUCUCUAAAUUGGAUGCUUACUUCAUUACACCCACAGGGAAAAGAUUGCGAACCCGUAAUGAGAUGGCAUCGUUUAUAAAAGCAAAUCCAGAAUUCAAAGAUGUGUCUCCUUUAGAUUUCGAUUUUGUUUCCCCAAAGAUCAUGGAAGACACUAUUCCUGAUUAUGUUGUUAGGAAGCCUUCCUCUAAUGGUAAUGGUAGUAGUAGAAGCAAAGCACUAAAGGAGAAGUCUGAGUCAAAUUAUCAGUAAGUGCAGGUCAAGCAUUCUGUAGUGCAUCCAUACUCUCAAGCCUUGUGUAUUUCUGAGAUUGAUCUGGUGAGAGGGUGGUGUUGCGAUAAUUUGGCUUUAAGCUUGUAAUUCUUUUGUUCAUGCUUUUAAUAUGAUGUAGGGAGAACAGAUAAUAGUACACAUUUAAUGUGAAUUUCUAGAUAGCUAUUGCCUUGUAAUAUUGAGUUUUUACCCUUUAGUUGCUAUGUUAAUUUAUCAUUCAUUUUC